GGUAGGUGCUCCGCAUUUCCAGAUAAUAGGCGCCCGACCAUUUUUUCAAAAAUUGUCAUGUUUGCAUCUACAUGAUUUACGGUUAAGAGCAACCUUUAACAUUUCUAUAAGAUGUGAUAGAUGCACGGCAUUGUCAAAUAUGCCAUUGCGAAAUACGAAAUUAGAUAUGCACAAUAUGUUAUGGAUACAUAACGAUACCACACCUAUCAUGUGGAUUGAUCAUGCAACAAUAAUUGUGUCUAAUUGCCUAUUCCGUAUUGAUAACGAAAUCAUUGAAAUGUGGACCAGAAUUGAUGCUGUAUUUGACAUAAAAUUUUCAAAUAAUGUAGCUAUAAAUAUCACGUUAUUCUUUAACAAUAAAUGGAAACAUUCAAACAAUAUUUCGAUGGUGUCUCAUGUUGCAAUUCCAAAUUUCCAUGACAAAGGCACAAUAGUUUUCGGACUUGUUCUUUAUAGGGAAACAGAUAUCAUCUACAAUAAAUAUUUAUAUCCUAUUGCUCACAAAAUCAAAGUAGCCCAAUUAGUAGGACGCAAAGUGGCACAAGAAUGGUUUUAUAAUAUGAUGAACAAUCCGUUAGUGUCGAUUUCUUGGUUUAAAAACGGUCUUACUACAUUGCUUGCAACGUAUGCUGUCGAUAAGAUUUAUCCUGACGAUCGAAUAAUAAAUUUAUUUGUCGUUCAAAAUCAACAUUACUCUUUUCAUUUGGAUGGUGAUUAUCAUAUGUGGUCAUCUACUUCACAAGUUAACAGAUUAUUGGAAAUUCGUAAUUCAAUCAGAGCACCCUUUAUACUGCGCAUGAUGGAACACGCCUUCACCAAAAAAAUUUUGGAAAGGUCACUGUCCUGA